AUGAAGAGAAAAGCAAUCACAAUAGCAGGUGGAUCAAUUCUGCUCUCAGAAAUGAAUAAUUUGGAAGGCUCCAUGAAUUGUAAAGGUCAGAUCAUUCUCUUACUCAUCUUCACUUCUUUUAUCUUAGCAACAUUUUCAUCCAAUGAGUUGCAAUACCAUAAUCAGAUUGAUGUAGAAGCUUUGCUUGAAUUAAAGAAUUCUGUAAAAGUGGAUCCAAGUCUUUCUUUGUCCAGCUGGGCAAAUGGAAACAAUAUUUGCAACUGGACUGGAAUAACUUGCGAUCGCAAUCAAAGGGUUGUGAGUCUGGUUCUCAAAUACAGGGGAUUGGCUGGUACCAUACCCCCUCACAUAGGCAACAUGUCCUUCCUCACCAUGCUCGACCUCUCUUACAACUAUUUCUCUGCCCACAUUCCCCAAGAGCUUGGUAAAUUACAAAAGCUGCAGUACAUUAAGCUCUAUGAAAACAUCUUGCAAGGUCCAAUUCCAGGUAGUAUGUCUGCAUGCACAAAUCUUUUAGAACUCCGGCUAAACAAUAAUUUGUUGAGCGGAAGCAUUCCACCAGAGUUGAGUUCCUUGUAUAACCUGAAGAAACUCGACAUCUCCUCCAAUAAAUUGAGUGGUAUCAUCCCUCAAGGCUUGGCAAAUUGCACUCUGCUUAAAAGGCUAGAUCUUGGGCAUAAUAAUUUUACAGGCAUCAUCCCCAGGUCGAUAAGUAAUUGCACAAAAUUGCGUGUCUUACAUCUGAAAGAAAAUGCGCUUGAAGGACCAAUUCCCUCUGAGAUAUUAACAUCGAUGACCAGAUUACAUUAUCUGCGUCUGAAUUCCAACAAACUCAACGGUAGCAUCUCCAUGGAGAUUGGCAAAUUAUGGAGAUUGAGGGUGAUUAACUUUCGUUACAACAGUCUUACAGGUAGCAUUCCCAUGGUCCUGGCGAACUGUUCGUCUCUGGAAACGCUGGCUUUGGCUUCCAAUUCCUUGUAUGGCACCGUUCCACCAGAAUUGUCUUCACUUAACCGACUGCAGGAACUGUGGUUGAGUAACAAUAGCCUUGGAGGAUCAAUUCAUUUUGUCAUGAACUACACUGAAUUGAAGAAGCUGUCCGUAGGGGGUAACAAGUUUGAAGGUACAAUUCCAGAGGUUAUAGGCAAUAAGCUGCCCAAAUUGCAAGUGAUUGAACUGACCAGUAAUCAAUUAAGAGGCAGCAUCCCAAAAUCUCUAGCAAAUUGUUCGGCGCUCCAUUUUUUUUCAGUAUUUGGAAACAAUUUGAGCGGAGAAAUACCCCAAGAAUUGGGAGCGUUGACUCGUCUACAAACACUUCAGCUUGGUGUUAACAGCUUCGAGGGAUAUAUUUUUCCCUUUCCAUUAAAUUGUACAGAAUUGCAGGUGUUUGAAUUGACAGAAAACGGGUUCCUGGGUUCCAUUCCUGGAGAUAUUGGCCUGAAGCUCCCCAACUUACAAAUCUUUUAUGCGGCAGCUAAUCAAUUUCGUGGGGUUAUACCAAAUUCUCUGGGAAAUUGUUCUCUUCUCUCAAUUCUUGUUCUUGCAGGGAAUCAGCUAAGUGGUGCGGUGCCUCAAGAAUUGGGAAUGCUAACCGCUCUACAGAGACUCUACCUUGGGUUUAACAGCCUGUCAAAUGGACACUGUGGUAUAAUGUGUGCAUUAGAUGUAUUUUCUAACUGCUCCAUUCUUGAACAUCUGUAUCUAUCGGAAAAUGAUUUCAGUGGCACUUUAUCAAGGAGCAUAGGAAACCUGUCUCCUAGGCUAUCAAAAUUGUACUUGGACGGCAACAACAUCACUGGCAAUAUACCAGAAGAGAUUGGCAACCUUACUGAGUUGACCCUCUUCGAUCUCAGUUAUACAAAUGUAAUUGGGCAGGUCCCGAGUGCAUUGGGCCGUCUGAAGAAUCUACAGUUGUUGGAUUUGAGCUCCAACGAAUUGCAGGGCAGCAUUCCAUUAGAAUUUAAGAUGCUGGUAAACCUGGAAUAUCUAUUACUUAAGGUAAAUCAUAUUUCUGGAGACAUUCCUUCAUAUUUGGGCGAUCUGCAACAGCUUAGGGAACUUGACUUGAGUCAUAACAAGCUCACAGGAAGAAUACCGAAUGCCAUUGGGCUAUGUUUCCGCCUAGAGAAGAUUGACCUCUCAUACAACAGCCUUGCAGGAAAUAUCCCUAUGGAGAUCUCAAGCCUCCAUUCAUUGGCAUUUUACCUCAAUUUUUCCUAUAAUUCAUUGACUGGAAGAUUGCCUUCUCUAGGGGGAAUGCAACAGAUUCAAGCCAUAGACAUCUCAUCUAACAAACUAUCAGGACGUAUCCCUGGCGAUAUUGGCAGUUGCUCGGGAUUGCAAUACCUGAACCUUGCCAAAAACAGAUUGGAGGGAAUGGUGCCAAUGUCAAUAGGGCAGCUUAAGAGCCUUGAAAGCAUUGACAUGUCUUUCAAUGACUUGUCUGGGCCAGUGCCACCGCCUAUUGCAAAUCUCUCCAUGCUCCGCCAUUUAAAUUUCUCAUACAACAACUUGAGUGGAUCAAUCCCAAAUCAAGGAGCUUUCAGAAACCUAAGUGCAACAUCAUUUUUGGCGAAUCCAGGAUUAUGUGCAGGCUCAGGCUGGUUGAAUUUACCAAAUUGCACAAGCUCUGCAAAGAAUCAUCGUGCGUUGAACAGGAACAUUGUCUUGGUUACUUCAAUUGGCACAUUCUUGGCAUUGUGUUGCAUUUUGGGUGCAUUUUACAUUUUCUACGGAAGGACUAAAGGGACACCUAUUACAAAUAGUUUGUUGGGGCAAGGUUUCAUGCAAAUUUCUAGCCAGGAGCUUCACACAGCAACCCAGGGAUUUAGUGCCACUAAUUUACUAGGCAACGGUAGCUUCGGGUCAGUUUACAAAGGGGUCUUGUCUGAUAACAAGAUGGUUGCUAUUAAGCUGUUCGAUCAGGACCCCCAAAAUUCAUACAAGCAUUUCGUCAGGGAAUGCAGAGUACUGAGAAAAAUCAGGCACCGCAAUCUUGUGAAAGUCUUGUCCUCUUCCUCUACUGGAGAUAUCAGGGCUUUGGUACUUGAAUUUAUGUCACAGGGGAGCCUAGAACAACAUCUCCAUACAUAUUUAACACAGUGUAGCCUGAGUUUGAAGAUGAGAGUGAAGAUUGCACUUGAUGUGGCACAUGGGAUGGCGUAUUUACAUCAUGAUUGUUCUCCCCCUAUUGUUCAUUGCGACUUGAAGCCUUCAAAUGUAUUAUUCGACGAAACCAUGACAGCCCAUGUGGCUGAUUUUGGAAUUUCCCGUCUAUUGACGUCCCCUGUUUCUGCAAGUAGCAGCACAUCCAGACUGAAGGGAACAGUAGGCUACCUUGCUCCAGAAUAUGGAUUGGGAGCACAAGUGAGUACAAAGGGAGAUGUUUACUGCUUCGGCAUACUCAUCCUUGAAAUGGUGACUAAAAAGAGGCCUACUGAUGGUAUGUUUUCUGGAGAUGUAACUUUACCCAGAUGGGUGAGAAGAGCAUUCCCUGAGGCAGUGGAGGGAGUGGUGGACAGAGAGCUGCUGGUUGAUCAACAAACUGAAGGCGAGUCCAGUAGUAGUGCUACACCUGGAACUACUGGAGAAGAAUUGGAAUCCUUUGAGCAUGGCAGGUGCCUGGUUAGUUUAAUUGGAUUAGGACUGCAAUGCACAAGUGAAAAUCCAGGGGAUAGGCCAACAAUGAGAGAGGUGGAGGGCAUGCUGGACAAAAUGGUGUAUGGCAGGGCAUAUGGCAACUUAGAAGAGCAUUCAUCUGUCCAGAAUCUGUUAAGUGCAGGCAAUAGAGUCCACCAUGGAAAUAGCAGCACAGAUGAAAGUGAGAGCAGUUAGUAUAGAUCAGUAAAAUUUAGUGACUUUCUUUCAUCAGCAAUAGUUGUUUUCC